UUCUGGACCAGAGCCUAGCCAAACAGCAGUUUGGCAUUGCAACCUACCAAAAUUAGCCAUGAAGUGACUAGCCCUAUUACAAUUCCGACGAGAAUGAUUACUUCAUGGGAAUUUACACCUAUGUUCUCAGUAGAAUUUGAACACAAUGGACUUUUCUGUGGAUUGGGUGCUAUUAGGCAAUAUGUUGGAUGCACACAUGUGUUCGAUUAUUGUCAUCCUGAUAGUUUGUCAACACAAGUUAUGAAGGACUGCUUGGAGAAGAUUGGAUAUGAUACUUUAGAUCCUAAGAUGUGCUUGCCUGAGAACAAGUCAAUUUUUGAUGGUAUGAUUUGUGUGGAUAAUGAUGAAGUAAUUGCUGCAAUCAACGCUCCAAGUAGAGAACACAAGACACUAUAUUUGCUUGUGGAUGAGAAAGAUCACAUAUGGUAUGAUGUGGUAAUAGAAUUGCCAACAAGAGCUAGACGGGGUGAAGGAACUUCAAGGAUCAAUGCUGCAACAAAUAUUGAAGAGCAAGAACAACAUCCAGAGCAAGAGCAAGCAGAACCAGAGGUAGCGGAGCAAGCACAUGAAGUAGAGGGAGAAGUUGAAGAGACUGACUCUGAAUUUUAUGAAAGUGAUUAUGAUGUGGAAGAUGGAGACAAUGAUCUCUUUGAUGAAAAUGUAGACAAAAAUGUGGAGGAUAACAAUGUGCAGAAUGAGUACAUGGAAGAGGGGUAUCCACCAGACGAGGAUGAUUUAAUCCUUUCAAAGGAAGAGCUACAAAAGCUGAAGUAUACUUUCAGGACUUUCAGUGCAGAGAUUGACAUGGAUAAUCCAGUGUUUAGGGUUGGAUUAGUUUUCAGCGAUAUGAAAGAGGUGAGAAGGGUGUUGGACGCAUAUAGUGUCAAAGAGACAGAGUUAAGAUCCGGAGAGCUAGAAAUGUGGCGACUAGGAUGAAUGCAUUUUGUUUAGAAGGUUGUCCUUGGAUUUUUAAAACAUCUAAAGACAACAGGACAGGGAGCAUUGUCAUUAAGAAGUACAAUGGCAACCACACCUGUCAGUAGAGCUGUGAUUCUUAGUGCUUGACUGUGAACUUGCUUGUAGAGAAGUACAUUGAGCAAUUUACCGAAAAAGGCUUUCACCCCACUUUAUAUAUAAAGCACCACACAUUGAGCAAUUUAGGGAUGACCAGAAGAUGGAUUUGAGCACCUUUGGGAAGAAAGUUCAAAGAGAUUACAAACUACUCCCAAAUAAGAUGAAGUUGAGCAGGGCGAGAAAGGCAACACUGAAAAUGACAGUUAAUAUCACCAUAAGUACAUGAACUUGCAUAGCGAUAACAGAUCCAUACAAAAACUUAAAAAAAGCAUGAAACUGGUCACUUAAGUCUUGAUGCGGUAACAGUUUGAUACAAAAUGUUGAUCAACUGCCAGAUCGGACGCCAUGUCACCAAAGUGGCACACGCUUAUGUUAUUUUUGUUGCACAAAGCCCCCUAGUGUUAUUAUGUAGAUGCAUUAUAAGGUCUUGCUCAGUUGCUUACAGAGAAGUUCAUCAGGAUAAUAUUCUCUGCGCAAGGGUUUUGAGAGCUAAAUAUUAUCCUGAUGGAAAUCUCUUGAAGGUAGGACCGAAGAAGGGAUCUUCAUUUACAUGGAAAGUAUUGUUGUCGGUCUCCAGACUUUCAAAAGAGGGCAUAUUUGGAGAGUGGGAUCGGGAAGUAAAUCGAUAUCUAGGAUGAUCACUGGAUACCGAGUAGUCCGUCCAGGAAAGUUAUAUCUAGAAAGGGGGUUUUCCUUCUGAAUACUGUUGAUGAGUUGAUUAAUCCAUGGAGAGGGAGAUGGGAUGAAGAUUUAAUUUUGGACAAUUUUGUUUCGGUUGAUGUUGAAAGAAUUUUGAGGAUCCCUUUGAGCACACAAUUAACUGAGGAUUUUGUUGCCUGGCACAAGACUCGGAUGUACUCCUUUUCAGUCAGGUCCACGUAUUAUACCGAGUGGGAACACCAAUUUGGUGCAAGAAUCAGAAGAGUUGAGGUUGGACCAUCAAAGUCUAACCCAGUUUGGGAGAUUCUCUGGAAGCUUCAAGUUCCUAGUAAAAUAAAUACCUUUGGUUGGAAGGCUUUACAUGGGAUGAUAUCGGGUAUGUCAGUCCUUGCAAAUCGUUGUAUACCGGUAUCUGGAUAAUGUCCUUCUUGUAAGGGGGGAGCUGAAGACUUGCGACACCUCAUUUUUACAUGUGUUUGAGCUAAAGAAGUGUGGAAAGCUUUGAGUCUUCAGGAAACGGUCACCCAAGCCCUUGUUUCGGACCGAUUUGGUGGUGUCGUGCUUGAGAAUAUCCUCAGAGAUCAAAGGUGUAACUCAACCACACUGCAACAUCUUGCCUUCCAAGAGUCUAUCUUGGUUGGAGCUUGGUACAUUAGGUGGCAGAGAAGGGAAGCUGUGAAGGGCAAAGGUGUGGCCAUUUCUUCCGAAACAACACUCUCCAUACAUGCGAUAACAUCCAAUUAUGUUGGCUCAAGGAGUGCGACCAGUGUACCUGAUGUUAAAUGGUCUAAACCUGCUCAAAAUCUUUAUAAAGUGAACGUGGAUGCAUGCUUCAUGGAAGAUGGAAGCAGAGCCACAACGGCGGUUCUUCGAAACCACUGAGGUGAGGCUUUUACUGGGUUAACAACUCUCUUUACGCAUGUGCUUGAUGCCGCUACAACGGAAGCUUUGGUGUUGAAGAAUGGUAUGGAGCUAGCGGG